AUGGAGUCGAUACUGGCACGCGCCUUGGAGUAUACUCUCAAGUAUUGGCUCAAAUCAUUCACCAGAGAUCAGUUCAAGCUUCAAGGCCGUACCGCUCAGCUUUCUAAUUUAGACAUUAAUGGCGAGGCUAUACAUGCCAGUAUGGGUUUGCCACCAGCACUUAGUGUGACCACUGCGAAAGUUGGAAAAUUGGAAAUCAUGCUUCCCUAUGUCAGUAAUGUGCAAACGGAGCCUGUAGUUGUGCAAAUCGAUAAACUCGAUCUUGUUCUUGAAGAAAAUCCUGAUGCUGAUGUGACUAAGGGUCCAACAAGUGCUCAGUCUCCUACCGCAUCUGGAAAAAGUAAUGGUUAUGGAUUCGCUGACAAGAUUGCAGAUGGAAUGACUUUACAAGUUAAGGUGGUCAAUCUUCUUCUUGAAACUGGAGGUGGUGCUCACCGUGAAGGAGGGGCAGCCUGGGCUGCUCCGCUGGCAUCAAUUACAAUACGCAACCUUGUUCUGUACACCACUAAUGAGAGUUGGAAGGUUGUAAAUCUGAAAGAAGCAAGGGACUUCUCUACCAAUACAGGAUUUAUUUAUUUGUUUAAGAAACUUGAAUGGGAAGCAAUAUCAAUUGAUCUUCUGCCACAUCCUGAUAUGUUCACUGAAGCUAAUUUAGCCCGCUCUGAAGAAGCAGACCUCAGAGAUGAUGAUGGUGCAAAAAGAGUUUUCUUUGGCGGAGAACGCUUUUUAGAAGGGAUAUCUGGCCAAGCAUAUAUUACAGUUCAGAGAACUGCACUAAACAGUCCACUUGGACUUGAAGUCCAGUUGCACAUUCCAGAAGCUGUUUGUCCAGCGUUAAGUGAACCAGGGUUACGCGCUCUUCUCCGCUUUCUAACUGGAAUGUAUCUAUGCCUAAACCGAGGAGAUGUGGAUCCAAGAUCUCAGCAGUCUGCUGAAGCAGCAGGACGUUCUCUUGUCUCUGUUCUUGUGGACCAUGUAUUUCUUUGCAUCAAAGAUGCUGAAUUCCAACUGGAACUACUGAUGCAAUCACUCCUCUUUUCACGAGCCUGUGUUUCGGACGGAGAAUCAGCUAACUAUUUGACUAAGAUUUUGAUUGGUGGGCUAUUUUUAAGGGAUGCUUUUUCUCGGUCUCCUUGUGCUCUUGUCCAACCAUCUAUGAAAGCUGCUGCCGAAGACCUUGCAGUUCCCGACUUUGCCAAGAAUUUUUGUCCUCUCAUAUAUCCAUUGGACAGCGGGCCGUGGCAAUCAGUUCAGGAUGUGCCUUUGAUCUCCUUACACUCUCUUCAGGUCAAGCCAUCCCCAAAACCCCCACACUUAUUCUCAAAGACGGUUAUCCAGUGCCAACCACUCAUGGUUCAUCUUCAGGAAGAAGCUUGUUUAAGGAUAUCUUCUUUUCUGGCUGAUGGCAUUGUUGUGAAUCCCGGUGAUGUUUUGCCCGAUAACUCUGUGAACUCUCUUCUUUUCACCCUCAAGGAGUUAGAUGUUUCCGUUCCAUUAGACAUGAGUAACUUGGAGGAAGAUUCAGCAAUCAAAGAAGACCUUUCCGGAAAAAAGUUCUUCGCUGGAGCAAGGCUUCAUAUUGAAAACUUAUCUUUUGCGGAGUCACCUACCUUAAAAGUUCGGCUACUAAACCUGGAGAAGGAUCCUGCUUGCUUCUGUCUAUGGCCGGGACAGCCUAUUGACGCCAGCCAAAAGAAAUGGACAGCUGGAGUCUCACAUUUUAGUUUGGCUUUGGAAACAUCUCCUAGCUCUACUGAACUUCAGAGCUCUCGUGGUCUGGAAAUGGGUUUGUGGAAUUGUGUUGAAGGAAAAGACGUGUGUAUAGAAGUUGCUAUGGUAUCUGCGGAUGGAAAGCCAUUGAUAUCAAUUCCCCCUCCUGGUGGUAUUGUUCGCAUAGGAGUUGCUUGUGAGCAAUAUAUUUCGAAUGCUUCGGUGGAGCAGUUAUUUUUUGUUCUGGACCUCUAUUCUUACUUUGGUAAGGUCAGUGAAAAGAUUUCGAUUGUUAAAGAAAGCAAACGCCAGAAUACUGUUUCUUCGAGUGAAGGGUUGUUGGAGAAGGUUCCUAGCGACACUGCUGUGAAACUGGCAUUGAAGGAUCUUCAGCUAAGGUUUCUUGAGUCUUCCUUUACUAGUACUCAGGACAUGCCACUCGUUCAGUUUCUUGGCAAAGAUCUUUCCGUGAAGGUAACUCACAGAACCCUUGGCGGCGCAAUUGCAGUGUCUUCUAAUAUAUACUGGGAAAAUAUUGAGGUUGAUUGUGUAGAUACCGACGUACAACAUGAACAUGAGAAUAGCUCGAAUGGUCACUUAGUUAGCUGUAAUGGGUCUACCCCAUUGAGGCGUGUCUUUUGGAUUAUCAACGGGAGACAUGAUGGGCAUAGUGGCAGCACUCUUGUGACACCUUUUCUUGACAUAAGCGUAACACAUGUGAUUCCCCUUAGUGAAAAGGAUAUGGAGUGCCACAGUUUAAGCAUCGUGGCUUGCAUUUCUGGCGUACGUCUAGGAGGAGGAAUGAGCUACACUGAAGCCCUUUUACACCGAUUUGGAAUUCUGAAUCAUGAUGGUGGUCCUGGAGAAGGCCUGUCUAGAGGAUUAGAGCAUUUAUCUGCUGGUCCUUUGUCAAAACUUCUCAAACCAUCUAUUGUUGACGAAAGGAAACAGGAUGGAACUCCGGGAAACUGGAGUGGCGAUGGCUUCCCACAUUUGGGAAGGCCAGAUGACAUUGAUGUUUCCGUUGAGUUAAGAGACUGGUUGUUUGCAUUAGAGGGCAGAGAAGGGUUGGCAGAAAGGUGGUGGUCGAAUGAUAAUGAAGAUGUUGGAAGAGAAGAAAAGUGCUGGCACACGAAUUUCCGUAAUUUCCGAGUAAUAGCCAAGAGUACACCAAAGCAUGUGGAUGCAAAUGGGACAGAAACCAAGUAUGAUUCUCACAAGUAUCCCGUGGACUCAGUUAUUGUCAGUGCUGAAGGUUUACAGAUAUUGAAGCCUCAGAUGCAGAAAGGGACCAGUUCAACAAACGGAGUUCACGAAAAUGGUUACUUACCUGGAGGGAUAAACAUUGAAGCUAAUAUCGUGGCAUCUGAAGACAAAUCUGGUCAUGAUGACGCGUUAAACUGGGUGGCGGAGAGUCUGAAAUUCUCUGUUAAGCAACCUGUUGAAGCAGUUGUUACAAAGGAUGAGCUGCAACAUUUGACAUUCUUGUGCAAAUCUGAAGUUGACGCGAUGGGAAGGAUAGUUGCAGGUGUUCUACGUGUGCUGAAGCUUGAAGAAUCUGUUGGCCAGGCAGCUCUAAAUCAACUAAGCAACCUUGGAAGUGAAGGUUUUGACAAGAUGUUCUCCCCAAAAGCGAGCAGAGCAGGCACUCCCAAAAGCUCACCUUUUGCUGUUUCAUCAGAUUCAAUGAGAGAGAUUCCCUCACGUACAGACCUGGAAUCUACCAUUUCUUCCAUUGAGGAAACGUCAAUGGAGUUGGAGACAAAGUGUUCAGCUCUAGCUUCUGAUCUCAGCGAUUCAGAGUCUUCCGCGAAACACAUCGACGACCUGAAGCAGAAACUCGAGAGCUUGCAGAGCUUGAUGGCUAAAUUACGAACCCAAAUCUAA